AUGCUACACUGGCGAGCCGAUCACCAAGCGCUGGGACUGACGGCGGUGGAGGAGGCGCGGCAGGGGCACUGGUACGAGGUGGCGCGAAAGUGCCGCGAGGGCGACCCCAACGAGGCGGACGUGCGAGGCGUUUCGGUGCUGCACUUCGCCGCAAAGGCCGGGCGGCGGCAGCUGGUCGACAUCUUGCUCGGGCUGGGUGCAACGCCUGGCGCGGCGGACAGGGUGCACGGGCGCACUCCGCUGCACCUCGCCGCUGCUGCGGGCCACAUGUCGACGAUGCAGGCGCUGCUGGACGCGGGCGCAGACGCUGCGGCGGCCGACGCCGCGGGCGCGACGCCGCUGCACCUGGCCGCUCAGGCGGGCGAGCGGGGCGCGGUGAAGCUGCUGCUCGGGCGGUGCGACCCAAACGUGCGAGACUUGUACGGCGUGACGCCGCUGCACAAGGCGGUCGCCUUCGGGCAGGCGACGAGCGUGGCGGCGCUGCUCGACGACCCGCGCACCGAGGUGGACUGGCCGGUCGGCGAGCCGAGGGCGCCGGCCGAGCACGGUGCCCUCUCCGGCGGCGAGACGCCGCUGCUGCUCGCCGCCUCGCACACGUACCACUUCCACCACACGAAGCACACGCGCAUCGCGAGCCUGCUGCUUGCUGCGGGCGCAGACCCGAACCUGGUCGUCGCCGAGGCGGGCGGUCAGACCGCGGCGCACCGCGCUGCGCAGGCGGGGAACGCGGGGGUGGUGGCGAGCCUCCUCCGGUGCGGCCGUGCGCGGUGGGAGCUGCGCGACGACCGAGGCCGCACUCCGCGCGAGCUCGCCGAGGAGCACGGCAGGACAGAGGUGACGAGGCUACUGGAUGCCGCGGGGGUGACACGGACAGGCAAAAAUAACGAUACAUAA